AUGAAGCAUACUUUUCUAAUUCUUUUGGCGUUGGCAGAUUAUCACUCGACCACAGCUCUUCAGCAGCAACGACAACCAGCAAUCAAGAAGUCAUCGCCGCCAAUACAACCACCAUUGAACAACGACGUUGCAUUUCUCCGUUGGAUCGAUGAACAACCGAAUGUGGAACGGAGCGUAGCGGUACAAGAUGACGGUAUAGCUGGUCGAGGUCUGGUAGCCACUUGUCUGCUACAACCGGGUCAAGUAGCAGCGUCCAUUCCUCCCGCACUCACCAUUCGUCACGAGGACGACAAUGAAAACGACAACUGGGCCGGUGAGUUGGCAGCCAAAUUAUUAAAUCAUGUUCAUCGAGGUCCUUCAAGUGCUUUAGCUGCCUACAUCGAAUACGGGCUCCCCGAAACAGCACCAACAGUUCCGUGCCGCUGGGACACUGAGCAACUAAUGCAGCUUCAGAAUGCCACAUUGCUAGAGACCAUUCAACAAGUAUCGGAAUGGAGGCAUGAUCAAACAUCCCGGCAUUGCACUACUUCCGACGACUCGGAAUACCUAAAAUAUUUGGAUUUGGUGUGCAGUCGAACGCUCAAAGGGGGUGGAGGACGACAGUUGGUCCCACUGAUUGACCUGGCCAACCACGCUACUCGAGAACAGGGCGGUGGUCAGUUCCGAGUCUUAAAGGACGGGACGGUCCAGUUACUUGUGGGAGAACGUACCAUUCAACCUGGACAAGCGGUUACCUUGGAUUACGGAGCACGAAAUGUUGAUGAUUUCUUGUUGCACUACGGAUUCGUCCCGGAUCGAUGCUAUUCCGAUUCAGUAUCCUUGUUGAUCCAACGGAAAGAGGAUGAUGGUGACUCUAGUAGUAGUACCGAAAUAUUCUCCUGGAACGAUUGCCAGGGUUUUCGGGGUCAUCCCGAUUCUUCUGUGCGCAGCGCCGCACGAACACUUUUGGAAUCCUUUCCCACAAGCUUGGAGGACGAUGUCCAGAGACUAAACCAAGGCCAAAACCAUGAUUAUCCGGUGGAUCGAUCGAUAGUAUCUUAUAGAUAUGCCAAAAAGUCAAUGUUGGCGAGUUUGGCAGGUGUCCACCAGUGGUCAUGA